UCCAAGGCGAGGAAGGACGCUCUUCUCACCGCUCACGGCUGGGAUUGGAAAAUGGGGGGAUGUUCCCAUCAAUAAAGUAUCGGAUGGCGCCCUGCCUUCCUCGGAAAUCAAUGUAGGACUAAGAGGAUUGGGAAGGAUAUGCUUCUUUGAAAAAAUUGUGAACUGUUUUCCUCCUGGCAUGGAAAGUGGGACCACGAGUUUAUAGGCAAGAGGGAAAAAAUUAAGUAUUUAUUGAACACGUCUCUUUCCUGGACCAGGUAUGGAUCCAGACGAAUGCAAAAUCUCGGUUUGGGUGUGCCGAGAGGAGAAGCUGGUCUCCGGGCUAUCCAAACGCACCACCAGCGCCGAUGUUGUGAAAGUUCUCCUGGAAGAUCAGAACUUGCAGCAAGGUGCGUCCGCGGGGAUGCUGUCCGGCGCGCCACAUUCCUACUGCAUAGUAGAGAAAUGGAGAGGGUUCGAGAGGAUCUUACCCAACAAAACGAAAAUCCUCCGUCUCUGGAGCGCAUGGGGGGAUGAGCAGGAAAACGUGAGGUUUGUGCUGGUGAAAACGGACGCGUCGUUACCGAACAACGGACCAAGGAGUGCUGAGGCGCGCGUCGUUCAGAGCAAGGACAGCCCGUGCGUUUUCAAAGGAGCGCCGCGGGUCACUAUGGCUAUCACCCAGGAAAAGCAACGGCGAAUUGUCAGAAAAGCUUUUCGAAAGUUGGACAAAAUCAACAAAAAGAAAGAAGAGUCUGUGACCAAGGACAAGUCCUCUGUGGAGAAAAUGGAGACCCUGGUGCACUUGGUGAUAUCUCAGGACCACACCAUUCGCCAGCAGAUCCAGAGGGUCACAGAACUAGACAGAGAGAUCGACAGGUACGAGGCUAAAGUACACUUUGACCGAAUUAAAAGACAUGGCGUAAACUAUGUGCAGGACACAUACAUGGUGGACUCGAGUUCGGAAACUGUCUCGAAAGCACAGAAGGACAUCCCGUGCACAGCGGAGGCCAUCGCUCAAUUUGAGGAGUACGCGCGCAGAUGCGAAGAGGUCAUUCGGCUUCAGGAGGAGCUGACUGAGCGCGAGGCGCUCAUGGAGAGCAUCACAGGUGAGAUCCAAGAAGAACUCAACCAAAGGUGGAUGAAACGACGACGGGAUGAGCUCUCGGGCAAAGAUACAGACAGUUUAGCCGACUCUGUGGACUUGAGUACGGCAGCUGCUGCAGCUCCGUCCGCUGGCGCAACCUCCGGGCCCGCGGAGACAGAUGUUGACAGUUUAUCGGAGAACGACUUGGUAGUGGAGGAGGAGAGAAUCAAAACACAGCUAGACACGAGUUUAUACAUCGGUCUCCGUUUGAACACGGAUUUAGAGGCUAUUAGGGGUGAUUUGGACUUAAGCCAGGAGUUAUGGGACGCGAAAGAAAAAGAGCUAACGGCUUUGAUGGCCAAAGUAGACGCAAUGGAUUUAAUGGAGGAGAAACUUACCGAGGUUGUUGAAGAGGAGUCCGUUGUUACCGAGGCUGACAUUUUGCCCUCCCUGGAAAAGAGCGGGUGGGUGGAGCAGGCUCGGGGUCUAUCCAAGACCUGCAACACAAACGACGAGGACUCGGACACCGGCCUAAGCUCAAUGCAUAGUCAAGACUCAGACAAUCCCCCCGUGUGCGAGUCACUGGUUUAACUUGGAUGGAGAACUUAAAUAACUUUAAAGUGUAUGCAAACAACCUACAAACUCAGGGGCAGUGUGAUUCUCCAAGAAUAAUAAACUACUGUAAAUCAGCAUGGACACACAGUAUAGUAGCAAGUCUGUACCCAUUGCCAAUGCACAAAAAAAAGCUAUGAGGAAUUGUGUAUAUUGAAGUACCACCGAUACCUAGUUUGGCUAUAGAUUGACCCAGCUAAUAUUUAAGAUAAUUGAAAAAUUGAUGCUAAAAUGGUGACACGUGUGGAAAGCUAUAGCUAUUGACUCACACAAGUAUUAUUUAUAUAAACAAUGUCUAGACUAGGGAUUUUACGCCGGCACUGAUACAUAACACAGCGGUAGCGCCAUUCAGCGUAUAGCCAUGAACUUAAUUAUGGAAUUAAAGUGUAAAA